AUGACCUCGCCCCACCCCUCAAUCACCCUCCGCCAACCCAGCACCUCCAGCACCCCCAGUCCUUCCUCCGUCCCGCCACCCUCCCUCGCCUGGCUAAGCGGCAGCUGGAACGUAACGCACUCGACGCUGCCCAUGUGGAAGAAAUCCCGCAACGUACGGAUCACGUACACGGCGCUAGCGACGCGAACCCAAGGCGUCCUAGAUCUCGACGACGUAGUGACCUACCAGCCUCUGGACAAGAGCAAGAAGAAGAUGUCGAGGGUCCGCGGCGUGGAUAAAGCUUCUUCCACACUUACAUCUACAUCUACAUCUGCAUCUGCAUCUGCAUCUGCAUCUGCAUCCACCGCCCCUACUGCCACAGCUUCAGCAGAGGGAACAGCAGAGGCGGACAAUUCAAGUCUCACAUACACGUGGCGCGGCCGCGGUCUCCUCAUGAUCGCCACCUCCAAAUGGGAGAUUCUUGGCUACGGUACCGAAGGCAGCACGGGCAACGAGUGGGUAGUGACGUAUUUCGCAAAGACGCUGUUCACGCCGGCGGGCGUGGACUUCUACUCGCGCAGGGGGAAGUUGCAGGAUGAGACGGUGGAGGGGAUUACGCGCGCAUUGGAGGGCUUGGGAGGCGGGGUGGCUGAGUUGGCGGGCGGGCUCUUUGAGGUUGCGUAUGACGGGGAGAGGGAGGGGGACGCGUAA